GAGGGAUAUAUCAGACCCUUUGCCCUUUUUAGUUAACAGUUAUAAAUCUGGUUAUUUCUGAUAUUUUUCCCUCGAUUCUAAGAGAGCUAAACUUUAAAUUUUUUAUAAACUUGGUAUAUUUCUUAAAUCGGGGUCCUAAAAAAGACUGUUUGUGUACUUCGCCCCCAUAGAAGUUUAAAGUACCUUUAUUGCCAUAGCUAGACCGGAAUUCUGAAGUAUAUUUUAGGGUCAUUUGAAGGAUUGGCCCCCAUUUUCGGUAAGGUUUUGCCUGCCUCCAUCUUCAAACAACAGAGAACGUAAUCAGCUUAGCUGCAGUUACACAACUCAAAACAUUAAUUCUUCGAGUUUCCUUAAUUGGACUAAAAUGAACAACAAGGAAUCAGAGGUAUACCUACCUGAAGUUGGAAGCUCAAAUCAGUUAGAGACUAACAAUUCAAGUUACGUUUCUCAUGUCAAGAAGCUACUACAUCGACGAAUGCUGGUUGGUAUAAGUGAUGGGAGGUUCUUUCUUGGUACGUUUUAUUGUAUUGAUAAGCAAGGAAACAUAAUUCUUCAAGAUGCAGUUGAGUACCGGAGCACCCGAAGAUCUGCUCCUUCCCCGAUGGAACAACGACUUCUUGGUCUCAUUUUAAUCCCUUCCUCAUGUCGGAAAACAUGUCAUGUGGAUUGUUCUAUUGACGAACAGCUGUCCCUAAUGUCGCUUGGGGAGCAAAUUUCAUAAUUAGUUGUGGCGAUAAACUUUAUAAAAGUUGAUCCAAUGAUGAAUAUCUUCCCCGUUUGAUUUAAUCUGACAAUUCAUUAUGUAGUUUUCAAGUAUUAACUUUGCUGAUGUUAUAUUAUCAUGUGUUUUUGUUCUCAGCUAGAAAGAUGCUGUUUUGUUCUCUCCCUUAUUGGGGUUGCAAAGGAUUGGUUGGUUCAUGUUG